AUGUCAGAAAAAGAACGUGAAGCUAUGCGUGAACCUGAGGAUUCACUGUUCUCACAUGAACAACUUCAUGAUGAUUAUGAUGCAACACCUUGGUGGCAACGAAAUUUCUUAAUCAGUCGACCAGUACUGUUUGGAACAUGGGAUGGUGUAUUCACUACUGUUUUAGUCAAUAUCUUUGGCGUUAUUGUAUUCUUGCGAAUGGGAUGGAUUGUGGGAACCGCAGGAAUUGCAAAUGCAGUCUUAUUACUCAUUAUUUGUGCAUCUCUCGCAUUGGUAUCUGUCUUCUCAGCGAUUGGAAUAUGUGAAAGAUGUCAAAUUCAGAGUGGAGGAAUAUAUUUUUUGGUUUCACACGUUCUUGGGGGUCAAAUUGGAGGAGCCGUUGGUUUAAUGUAUGCCUUUGGACAGUCAGUUGCGACUGGAUUAGUUGUGAUCGGUUUUGGGGAAAGCGUUGCUCGAUUUUUUGGCACUGAAAGUACACUUCUUGAUAAGUUUAUUGCCAUAACAACACUACUUGUGUUAGCAGUUAUCAAUAUGGCUGGUAUACGGUGGGUUAUCGGAUUGCAACUUAUACUGCUAGCGUUUCUGGCAAUUGCAGUUGUUGACUUUUAUUUUGGAUCAAUUUUUAGCAUUGAUCUGAAUCAUGGAGUUGGAUAUUUCUCAUUGGAACGAUUUGAUCUUAAUACAAAUCCAAUGUAUGAUGAAUUCAACUGUUCACAGUUUGGCUUCGAUGGACAACAAGCCUCUCAAAAUUUUUUCACCGUUUUUGGUGUUUUUUUUGCAAACUUCCUUGGAGUAUUAGCAGGUUACUUUAAAUUUCCAUCCUUAUGCGAGUUAUCUGCGAUUGGCAUAAGUUCAGUAAUAACGUUAUCAUUCAUUCUACUACUUGGUUCGCUAGUUGAUCGAACUUAUCUAAUUUGCGACUCAAUGAUCGCGGAAAAAGUUGCUUUUACUGGAUUUUUAUUUCUUACUGGGCUCUAUGUUUCCUCGUUGAGUUCUACAGUUGGUACAUUACUUGGAACACCACGUGUGAUUCAAAAUAUCGCUUCAGAAGGGAUUAUUCCAAUUUUGAAUCCGUUAUCAGUAGGAUACGGCCCAAAUAAAAAUCCUUUACGAGCCAGCAUGGUUAUGAUAAUCAUAGCGAUUGUUUUUGUUUUGCUCGGCGACCUGAAUCAUCUCGCAAUUCUCUCAACUAUGCCAUUCCUGAUUACGUAUGCAUUCGUAAACUAUUCUUACGUCUCACUUGCGAUGAGCUAUGAUUUACAAACUGUUACUAAAGUCAGUGCUUCAACAAAAACAUUAACUUAUGGUAGCAUUGAAAAUUUUAAAAGUGCAAAAAGAAGUCAAGAAAGUGGUGAUUUGGAAAAUUUAUUUCCGGAAAGACAUAAUUUUAAUUUGGACGUCGCAAUUUUCAAGCAUGAACUUUUAAUAACUUUGAAAGUUUUAGGUGAAAAGCCAAGUUCCAUAAUUGAUCGACCCAUAACAUGGUAUUCUAGUUUAAGUAAUCGUUACAUAUCAUUAGUUGGGGCUAUCACAAACAUUUCAAUUAUAUUUUUUGUGAAUCUUUGGUAUGCAGUGUUGCAUUUACUAGCUUUAAUUGCUUUAUACUGCUAUAUUGGACGAGUAUGCCCUUCAGCUUUUCCUGGUAUCAGUCAAUUCUCGCUACCACAUAUGUUCAGAACGGCAUUCUCAAGAUCAUCCGGCUCGACGUCAGUUGCGCAUAUGGUUAUCUCUCACGGAUCUGAAAGUAAUCCUGAAUUACAAGUAUCCGUUACAGAAUUGAAUGAAGAAAAUCCAGAUUAUGCAGAUCGCAAACGCUAUCAUCAUUCCAAAUAUUCUGGAUCAGCAUCAGAUAUUGCUGAUGUUCACGUUCAGUGA